AUCCAGGAGGCCUCUGGAUCACAAGCCCCAUUGCUGCAGCAGCCUAUACAUGCUCAGACUCUAAACAUUCAGAGAGACAGUGCGCUACCAAUGAUGGCAUUGGAUUUUGAAGACAGGGCUUUUGAGAGGAAACUCCAAAACCUUCAGUUGCUGCGCAAUUUUAUGCCACUCGCACUUAAUGGACGGAAGGGGCCGUUUGCCGAAGUCUUUCCUCAUAGAAAUCCACGUUGCAAAAUGGAGGACAAAGCUGUGGACACAUCAGAUUUAGAUCAGGAACCAGUGGACGACCCCAUGGGACUUGGCGAAAUUGACUUUACGGCAGCCGCUCUUCUGUUCUGCCUGGAGGAGUCACCACGAGCUCGGAGGAUAUCCGACACGGUCUAUGCGUUUGGGGGCACACGUGUUGACUUCGGCACCCAGACGUUUAGUUUCCCUGCUGCCAUCUUGGCAACAAGUACGAUGGUUGGCGAGGUCGCAUCCGCUUCUGCUUGUGAUCGAGCCGCUCCACGCCUUUCGCAACCAAGUCCGUUUUGCACUCUACGGCUUGAUCUGACGCUGGAGCAGCUAGUGCCUCGCCCAAGCUGGGCUCCACGCGAGGGCUCCAUGUUUACCUUUGAGUGCGGCCAGCUCUUCCGUCGAGAAGAGUUCGUCUCGCAUUUUCGCAAUGUUCAUGGAGAUAUCCACUCUGGACUCAAUGGCUGG